AUGGCGCUGAAGGGUGUGCAGUUGGGCCUGCGAGCCUGGGAGUUCCUAUGGUCUCUCCUCAUCAUGGCCCUGAUCGGCAACAUGAUCGCCGACGCGUUCGCAGGCAACCCCGCGACGGUGAACUACUCGAUCUUCGUAUCGGUGUUCUCAAUGGUCUCACUGUUCUACCUGGUCCCGGCCUCGUUCAACAUCGACUGGGCCGGUCACCCGAUCAUCAUGAUCGUCCUUGACGCACUGAACUGCGUCUUCUUCUUCUGUGCUGCUAUUGCUUUGGCUGCCAGGCUUCAUUGCCACUCUUGCAAGAACACCGAGUACCUCAUAAACAACGAGAUCACCAACGGCGCUACUAAUAUGACCAAGCGCUGCCGUGAGGCCCAGGCCUCUGUUGCCUUCCUCUGGUUCGGCUGGGCUGGUUAUAUGGCCUCUGUUAUUGUCUCGAUCUUCAUGUCCCGUGCUUCCACUGUCAACCUGCGCGGCCGUACUGGUAGCCGUCGCGGUGGACCUAGCAUGGCUCAGGUUUAA